UAAAAUGACAGGAAGAGAAAUAUUCUUGUUCAUGACAUCCUUUUUCUCAAACACUUGGCCAAAUUGUUAGUCUUCCAUUCUCAUCAAUAACAAGUAUGGGACAUGGCAACUGCGAAGUUGCAGUAGCUCUUCUUCUGUUUCUAUCAUGUUCCUGUCCAGAUUAUGGUGAUGCGGGAGAUACCAUAACUACUUCUCAACCAAUCAAAGAUCCAGAAGCUAUAGUCUCUGCCGGCAAUAGGUUCAAACUGGGAUUUUUCAGCCCAGUUAAUUCAACAUAUCGAUAUGUAGGAAUAUGGUAUAGUAAUAUAUCAGUAGCAACUCCAGUACUAUGGGUGGCCAACAGAAACAACCCAAUCAACGAUUCUUCUGGGAUGAUGACAAUAUCUGAAGAUGGAAAUCUUGUGGUUUUGAAUGGUCAGGUAGAGGUUCUGUGGUCAUCAAAUGUUUCAAAUGUGUUCAAUCAAUCAACUGCACAGCUUACUGAUGAUGGAAACCUUGUCUUGAAAGCCGGACCGAGUGGAAACCUUUUAUGGAAAAGUUUCCUGCAUCCUACAGAUACUUGCUCAUCAAAGAUGAGACUUAGUGCUAACGCAAGAACAGGGAACAAGACACUGCUAACGUCCUGGAGAAGCUCAUCUGAUCCUUCUGUUGGAAACUUCUCUGCUGGUAUCAAUGCAUUAGGAAUUCCUGAGUUCUUCAUCUGGUACAAUGGUCAUCCAUUUUGGCGUAGUGGUCCAUGGGGUGGCCAGAACUUUAUUGGAAUACCAGGAAUGUCUACUUCUGUCUAUCUAUUUGGAUUUACUCUUCAAAAUGAAGGAGAUGGCACCUUCACUCUGAGUUCAAUUCACGACCCAGCUUACCGUUUAACAUAUGUUUUGACUCCUCGUGGAAGACUUACAGAACAAUACUGGGAUUAUAGGAAGGGAGGUUGGGAGUAUACCUGGGAAGCUCCAUCAACACAGUGUGAUAUUUAUGGCAAGUGCGGGCCAUUUGGAAGCUGCGAUGCACAUAAUUCACCUAUCUGCAAAUGUUUAAAAGGGUUUGUUGCAAAAAAUCAAGAUGAAUGGAACAAAGGAAUCUGGACUAGCGGUUGUGUUAGGAUGACAUCGUUGCAGUGUGAUAGAAUACAGAAUGGUAGUGAAGUGGGAAAAGAAGAUGGGUUUAAGAAGCUGGAGAUGAUGAAGGUGCCAACCUUUGCGGAUUACCGGCCAUAUCCGUCCUCCGAACAAGAAUGCAAAGAUGAGUGCUUGAGGAAUUGUUCCUGUGUCGCUUAUUCAUAUUAUAACGGUUUUGGCUGUAUGGCAUGGACAGGAAACUUGAUUGAUAUACAGAAGUUCUCUGAAGGAGGGACAGAUCUCAACAUUCGCCUGGCGUAUACAGAACUUGGAGAUACCAUAACUACUUCUCAACCCAUCAAAGAUCCAGAAGCGAUAGAGUCUGCCGGAAAAAAGUUCCAACUGGGAUUUUUCAGCCCAGUUAAUUCAACAUAUCGAUAUGUCGGAAUAUGGUAUAGUACUGUAUCAGAAGCAACUCCAACUCCAGUACUAUGGGUGGCCAACAGAAACAACCCUAUCAACGAUUCUUCAGGGAUGAUGACUAUAUCUGAAGAUGGAAAUCUUGUGGUUUUGAAUGGUCAGGGAGAGUUUCUGUGGUCAUCAAAUGUCUCAAUUGGGUUCAAUCAGUCAACUGCACAGCUUACUGAUGACGGAAACCUUGUCUUGAAAGCGGGACCGAACGGAAACCUUGUAUGGCAAAGUUUCCAGCAGCCUACGGAUACUUACAUAUCAAAGAUGAGACUUAGUGCUAACGCAAGAACAGGGAAAAAGACACUGCUAAUGUCAUGGAGAAGCUCAUCUGAUCCUUCAGUUGGAAAUUUCUCUGCUGGUCUCAAUUCGUUAGGAGUUCCUGAGUUCUUCAUCUGGUACAAUGGUCAUCCAUUUUGGCGUAGUGGUCCAUGGGGUGGUCAGAAUUUUAUUGGAAUACCAGAAAUAAUGUAUUCUUCUGUGUAUUUAAAAGGAUUUAGUGUACAAGAAGAAGCAGAUGGCACUUUCACUCUUAGUUUAAUUCAAGACCCAGUUAUCCGUGCAACGUAUGUUGUGACUUAUAAUGGAAAAUUUAUAGAACAAUACUGGGAUUAUGAGAAGGGAGGUUGGGAGUAUACCUGGGAAGCUCCAUCAACUGAGUGUGAUAUUUAUGGCAAGUGCGGGCCAUUUGGAAGCUGCGAUGCACAGAAUUCACCUAUCUGCACAUGUUUAAAAGGGUUUGUUGCAAAAAAUAAAGAUGAAUGGAACAGAGGAAUUUGGACUAGCGGAUGUGUUAGGAUGACAUCUUUGCAGUGUGAUGGAAUACAAAAUGGUAGUGAAGUGGGAAAAGAUGGGUUUAUGAAGCUAGAGAUGAUGAAGGUGCCAACCUUUGCCGAGUACUGGUCAUCUCCGUCAUCCGAACAAGAAUGCAAAGAUGAGUGCUUGAGGAAUUGUUCUUGUGUCGCUUAUUCAUAUUAUAAUGGUUUUGGCUGUAUGGCAUGGACAGGAAACUUUAUUGAUAUACAAAAGUUCUCUGAAGGAGGGACAGAUCUGAACAUUCGCCUGGCGUAUACAGAACUUGUUGCAGAUAACAAGAGAAACAUGAAAGUAAUCAUCAGUAUGUCAGUGAUUGUAGGAGCCAUAGCUAUCUGCAUCUGUGUGUUUUUUUCUUGGAAGUGGAUGGCUACACAUAGAGAAAGGAAUUUGAUAAGUGCGGAGACCUUAUCGUCAGAAGCUCAAGAAACAGUUUUUGAUGGAAACUUGCCCGAAAACAUCAGGGAAGCUAAACUUGAACCAUUCUUCAAAUUACAAAUUCUUGAAACUGCUACAAACAACUUUGACAUAUCCAUGAAGCUUGGGCAGGGCGGCUUUGGUGCAGUAUACAGCGGAAAAUUGCCAGAUGGACAGGAAAUAGCUGUGAAAAGACUUUCUAGAACUUCUGGUCAAGGGCUCGAAGAGUUUAUGAAUGAAGUCGCGGUGAUUUCUAAACUCCAACACAGGAAUCUUGUGAGACUUCUUGGUUGCUGUGUUGAAGGAGAAGAGAUGAUGUUGGUUUAUGAGUACAUGCCGAAUAAAAGCUUGGAUGUAUUUCUCUUUGAUGCACUCAGGAAAGGACAACUAGAUUGGAAAAGGCGCUUCCACAUUAUUAAUGGAAUUUGUCGAGGUCUUCUUUACCUUCACAGAGAUUCUAGACUAAGAAUUUUUCAUAGAGAUCUGAAGCCAAGUAACAUCUUAUUGGACCACGAGCUGAAUCCAAAAAUUUCAGACUUUGGAAUAGCCAGGAUUUCUGGCGGCAAUGAAGUGAAUACUACCAGGGUUGUAGGAACCAUUGGCUUUAUGUCCCCUGAAUAUUUAAUGGAAGGAAGAUUUUCAGAGAAAUCAGAUGUGUUUAGCUUUGGAGUUUUGUUGCUGGAGAUCGUGAGCGGGAGAAGAAACGCUCAUUUUUAUAGCAAUGAGCAUGCUUUGAGUCUUGCUUGGAAACUGUGGAAUGAAGGUGACAUUGCAGCUUUGGUCGAUCCUACAAUAUCAGAUCCAUGUUUUCAGGUGGAGAUAUUCCGAUGCAUGCAUGUUUGUCUGCUGUGUGUGCAAGAAUUGGCGAAAGAUAGACCGGCCGUGUCAACUAUCAUUUCCAUGCUAAAUAGUGAAAUUGUGGAUCUUCCCACUCCAAAGAAACCAGCAUUUGUUGAAAGGCAGAGUUCCUCGGGUACAGAGUCCUUUCCUCAGAGCCAGAAGAUAAAUUCCAUUAACAAUGUGACAAUUUCUGAUCUUAAAGGCCGAUAGAGGUCAGAACAUUAGAAAUUAGAAGUUAUGGGAAUUGGCAGAGGCAAAAUUUCAAUAGCUCUUCUUCUCUUAGUAUCUUCUCUUUGUGUAGAGAUUAUCAGUGCCAUAGAUACCAUCACAUCAACUCAAAUCCUCAAGGAUCCAGAGGCUAUAGUCUCUUACGGCAGUAUCUACAAACUGGGAUUUUUCAGCCUUGUCAAUUCUACCAAUCGGUAUGUAGGAAUUUGGUUUAAUGAAAUUCCUGUGGUGACUGCCUUAUGGGUAGCUAAUAGAAACAAACCUCUCAAUGACUCAUCUGGAAUUUUGACCAUAUCCGAAGAUGGAAAUCUUGUAGUUUUGAAUGGGCAGCAAGAGAUUCUCUGGUCAAGUAACGUUUCAAACUCUGUUUCAAAUUCAAGUGCACAGCUCUCUGACACUGGAAACCUUGUUUUGCGAGAUAACAACGGAGAAAUCAAGUGGGAGAGCUUCCAACAUCCUUCCGAUACAUUCUUUUCCAAUAUGAAAUUAAGUGCCAAUAAAAGAACGGGUGAGAAGAUUCUUAUAACAUCGUGGAAAAGCCCUACUGAUCCAUCCAUUGGAAGCUUCACUGCUGGUCUAAAUAAUCUAGGCAUACCUGAGAUGUUCAUAUGGAAGGAUAAUUAUCCAUAUUUUCGGAGUGGUCCAUGGAGCCGUCAGGUCUUUAUUGGAGUUCCUUAUAUGAAUUUUGCAACUGUUUAUGGGCUCAAUCUAGUAGAUGAUGGUGAAGGUAUUAUUUAUCUAACUUUCACUUACGCUAAUCACUCCUUGUCGAGCUUUGUGUUGACUUCAGAAGGGCAAAUGGAGGAAACACGUUGGGAGGAUGGCAUGGAGGAUAGGACUGUUCUAUGGAGUAUUCCACAAUCGGAAUGUGAAUUGUACGGAAAAUGUGGGCCUUUCGGAAACUGUAAUUCACGGAAAUCACCUAUUUGCAACUGUUUAAGAGGGUUUCAGCCAAAAAACCCAGAAGAAUGGUAUAAAGGGAACUGGACUAGUGGUUGUGUCAGGAGGAAAUCAUUGCAGUGUGAGAGACUAAAUAAUGGGAGUGAAGCUGCAGGAAAGAAUGAUGGACUUUUGAAGCUAGGUAAUAUGAAGGUGCCGGACUUUGCUCAAUGGUCUCCUUCGGAUGAAAAUGAAUGCCGAAACAAGUGCUUGACAAAUUGUUCAUGCAUAGCUUAUGCAUAUUAUUCUGGUAUUGGAUGUAUGUCAUGGAGUGGAGAUGUAAUUGAUCUACAGGAGUUUUCCACAGAUGGGGCUGAUCUUUACAUCCGCUUGGAGUAUUCAGAAUUAGAUGGAAACAGUAGACAAAAAGUCAUUGUCAUUCUAACUGCUAUUUUAGGAACAAUCAGCAUGGCCAUGAUCUGUGCUUUUUUGAUAUGGAGGCUCAUGUCUAAACAUAGAGCGAGAAAGGAAAGGGGUGAGAAGUUGCGUUCUGAUAAGAACUUAACACAUCAAACUUUUUUUGAUGGGAACAUGCCUGGAGACAGCAUGGACCAAGUUAAACUCCAGGAACUACCUCUUUUCAGCUUAGAGAGGCUGACUUCCGCAACAGACAACUUUGAUGCAUCGAAUAAGCUCGGUCAGGGUGGUUUUGGUCCGGUGUACAAGGGAAAAUUGCCAGAUGGACAGGACAUAGCUGUGAAAAGACUGUCAAGAGCAUCUGGGCAAGGGCUAGCAGAAUUUAUGAAUGAGGUUGUUGUGAUCUCUAAACUUCAGCAUCGAAACCUCGUGAGGCUGCUGGGUUGCUGUGUUGAAGGAGACGAAAAGACGCUGGUCUACGAGUAUAUGCCGAACAACAGUUUGGAUGCAAUUCUUUUUGAUCCACUGAGGCAGGAAUCUCUAGAUUGGAAAAAACGAUUCAGCAUCAUUGAGGGAGUUUGUCGAGGUCUCCUUUAUCUUCACAGGGAUUCAAGACUAAGAAUUAUUCAUCGAGAUCUGAAGGCAAGCAACAUUUUGUUGGACCAAGAACUCAAGCCAAAAAUCUCAGAUUUUGGAAUGGCAAGGAUAUUUGGUGGCAAUGAAGAUCAAGCCAAUACUGGAAGGGUAGUUGGAACCUUUGGCUAUAUGGCUCCUGAAUAUGCAAUGGAGGGUAGAUUUUCGGAGAAAUCAGAUGUCUUCAGCAUUGGAGUUUUGUUGUUGGAGGUUGUAAGCGGGAGAAGAAAUACUAGUUUCUAUGGGAAUGAGCAAGCCCUGAGUCUCUUAGGAUUUGCAUGGAAAUUAUGGAAUGAAGGCAACAUUUCAGCUCUAGUAGAUCCAGUAAUAUCCGAUCCGAGUUCACAGGCGGAAAUAUAUAGAUGCAUACAUGUUGGCCUGUUGUGUGUUCAAGAGUUCCCAGAAGAUAGACCAACAGCUUCUACUGUCAUUUCAAUGCUGAAUAGUGAAAUUUCUCAUCUUCCAACUCCAAUGCAGCCGCCAUUUGCUGAAAGGAGACACCACUUGAAUGAAGAGAUAUUACUUCAUCAAAUUCAUCAACAAUAUUCCAUUAAUAAUGUGACACUCACAGGUGUUGAUGGCAGAUAAUGCAAGUUCAUAUUGGAAAAAUUUUAAGCUUCAUGGGCCGGAGUGAAACCUUGAGAAAUCUGUGAGUGUUAAACUAUAGUUCCACUGAUUCUGAUAGCUUGCACCCUGGUUUUCUCUUUUCUACGAAAUUUCCCACCUCUUUAGUUGUUUUGAAGCAUUGAUUGCUUUGAAAUUAGUUGAGAAUCAUAUAGCAAGGGUGUAUUUGAAUUUUUGUGAAUUUUAAAAUAUGAAGCAGAGGUCGCCUCAUUCAUCUUAUUUUUUUUUUAAUUCUAGGAUGUAAGCAUAAUAUGAUCUUAAGUGCUAUUUAUUUCAUUUAAUUCUAGGAUGUAACCCUAAUAGUCAUAUUUUGAAAGAUUAUAAAAUUAUUGAGAUUGAUUUU